ACCCUAGCAACGACUGUUGCGUCAUCGGUAACGAGCAGAAAGGGCCAUAAACAGGAAAACUUGCAAAGAGAGUUCGCACAUUUGUUAUUGUUAAGGGUGUACAAGUGACAAAAGUGUUUGAUUUCGUUCAGACAUUCUGUGCACACAAAAAUGACGACGAUCGCUUUUGGAGGAGGUCCUACACUUGAACAAAGACGAUCGUUUGCCGCUUUUAAAGAUGGCACUCAAGUCCCUGGGUACAGAGGUUAUAUACCACACAUCAAGUACACAAUGGGUCAGACCUAUGGAAAUGAAACACAUGAUUUACUAUCCGAGAAGUUUCCAAAAUUCAGAGCCCCGACCACAGUUUGUUUCCCACAGCCCGAGGUUUUAAAAAAUGAGUUACCUGAAUCAACAGGUGACAACAAAUAUACCAAGGACAUGGUUCCAGGCUAUACAGGAUAUAUUCCCACCCUUCCAUUCAAGUUUGGUGCAACAUACAAGAACGAGUGUGACUUGUCUAUCGAUGAACACAUCAGCGCGAAAAAAAAGAAAGAGUUCAAGACAGAUGAUAUCCGACGGCAGAUGUUAAGUUACCCCAGACUGACAGCAAUAUCAUGUGACCCACUUGUACGAGACAGACUAAACCUCUACAGAGACACCCACCCUACAAGACCUACCUUUAUUGAGGACAAACGGUCUCUUCUGGAACCACCCAUGCCUGGAUACUUGGGCUUUGUACCAAGAGUGAAGACCACUGAAAUUGGGCUGGGUUGUAGGUAUCACGAGAGUGCCAGGAAGGGUUUCGCAACAUUUGCACGAGAAACAGACAGACAUUCCCAGCUUCAGCGGUCUGUCACUGACGAUAGAUUUACUUCGAAAACGGACAUUCAGCGGGCAAAAAGUGCCCCCAUGUCCUUUAGCCGAAGAAUAUAUGUUAAUGAUGGCAUGAUACCAAAGUACACUGGAUAUGUUCCAAGAAGACGUUAUGCAUUUGGCAACACAUACGGAGACACAACACGGCAGCUUGAUGUCUGUGCACAUGAUAAAGAUUGUUACGGUGCUUUCACACAUCUGGGCCAGUCUGUAGCCUAACCAUACAACUAGUAGCAGACUUAUUAUUUUAUUACAAACUAAAUAACAUCUGAAACAUUGCUUUCUUUCACAAACAUUGCACAGCGAUUAACUGAAAUUAUUAUUUAGAAAGCAACUUGUUUUUAAUGAAGAUUGACAUUAGUAAUCUUAUUUGUGAUGAUUAAUAUCCGAAAUUGAUAAGAUUCCUUUCUACAGAUUUAUAUGGAUGUGUCACUUGUUUGGAACAAUUCUUUAUAGUACAUGGUGUCACUUAUUUUGGAUAAUAUUACAAAAGUGUUGCACCACUUUUUGUAGAAUUUUUAUACUGUUACUAUACAACACAAGAACCUCUACAUGAAAUAUUACCGCAGUGUGACACUGUAUUUGAUGUCAUUUAUACAUACACAUAUAUAUGUACAAAUUAACAACUGAAAUUAUAUGGAGUCGGAAUUUUUACUUCCUCCAUGCCACACUUAAUGUUACGUUCAGCAUUAACCAGUUUACCUUUAUCUAAUAUCUUGUGAGUGGCUGUUUUACUUUACGGUAUAUUUCAGUCCUGUCAUUUUUGUAAUUAUCUCGCAUCAGCAAGUUUGUUUACCAUCUGAAAUUUGUUUUGUUUCUGUUUGCACUCAUCUGUACAUGUAGUACUGCACUGAUUUUAAAUUGUACAUUAUGUGUACAAAAUACAACUGCCUUUUACCAUUUUAUACAUGAAAUAUAAAAAUCUUUUGAACUGUUAAUUUUCUAACAUUAUAUGGUUACCAUGGAACCAAAAAUGAUAACUAUAAUAUAAAACAAAACAAAAACAGAAAAAAGAAGAGUUGAUGCCAAAAAGCUAUCCUUUUUUUGUCUUUAAUAUUCUAAAUUAUUUAAGCUUUGAAAUUUCAUAUAUUGCUUUGGCUUACUAAAUCAAGAAGAAUUGUUUUAAAUGUAUGUGUCGUUUGUCUUGUCAUCUCAAGUGAGAAUGUACCCUGCUGAUAUCGCUGUUUAAAAGAUAAAAUUAGAAAAUAUUAGACAUUAAAAUGUUACAAGACAUUUAGUUGAGGUUGGAUGGGGUGGCAAAUAUGACGCCAUGGGUCUUCCACUGAUAAUUAGUUAUUGAGGGUGACAAUUUAUAAUGAGGCUUCCAGCCAGAUUUAAGGGUCAGUGGUUAUUAGUUUCAUAUAAUAGCAUGCCAAAUACAUGUAAAACUGGCACAUUUUAAUUUUCAUGUAUCUUUUGCUUCUGUAAAGCACAAGCAUGACUUGCACAUUCCGAACUGUAUGUUAAUUCCAUUUGUAUAACCUGUAUUUGUACAAAUGGCACAUUUUAAUAUCAAAGACUGUAAAGUCCACUUGUAUAAAGAACACACACAGCACAUCCUGUAUUUAAAAUUGGCACUUUCAAGUUGUAAAUUCCAGUUAUAAGUAGCACAUAAAAAGCAUGCCAUAUAUAUGCACAGCUGACACACUGCAACCUACAUGUAAAUACAUGUUCAUUAAUAAUGUAUAGAAAAUAAUCUGUAUACAGUGGAUUGUGGUCAAAGUGGCAUCUGUGUAAUCUGGAUUUCUGUUUAAAGGAGCACAAACUCUGAGUCUUAUUCACUGACAAUUUAACAGCUUGGUUGAAGUCUUGUCUAAUCUAGAAUUCUACGUGGACUAGUGCAUUUCAUCAGUACCACUUGAAUCUGGCAUAUACGUCACUUAGACAGAGUCCACUGUGUAUAUAUUUAUAGAAUUAGCACAUUCAAAGCACCUAAAUACCAGUUAACAAUAAAUGAACACACACAAUAUAAUUCAAAUGGAAACAUUUCAACCCAUAUGUUUAAUUACUUGUACAUUUCUAACAUUAGUAACACACAUGAAGCAUGCUUGUCAUGUAAAUUUGGCACAUCUGCUGUGGUAUGUAAAUUUCACUAUUAUAAACAGCACCCAAAACAGAUAUUUAAUUCCAUACAAUUCUUGGUUUUAAAGCUCACUUCAGUAUGUAUAUAUUGAAUAAUAAAAGACCAAACAGAUAAGUGGAAGUAAUUCCAGACUAUAAAGACAAGCAUUGUAGUUUAAAGAACAAAUAUACAUCAAAAGUGAGUGUUUCGUUUUCACAAGAAAUGUACUGAAAUAAGCUGUGAUAAUUGGUGGGAGACUUUCGAGAGAACAAGAAGGAAUCUCUUUUGUGUGCGAUUUUGAGUGUACUGUAUAUAUUAAGUUUGUAACAGUAUUGGUUGCAUUAUCAACUUGUCUGACAGGCAAUUUAUAACUUGUUAUUAUGGAUCAGUAUUACUAAUAUUUAUAUUAUUUCAUCCUUAUUUAUUUUAAUAGUGUACAUAUUGUUAGCUAUUGUUAGCAUAUAAAGUAUAAUGCAUGAAUAUACAUUUGUGUGUCUGUUGGUUUGUGUUUGAUCACUCAUAUCAAACAUAAUGCUUGUUUUGUGACAGCAAUUCUGUGAUACUUUAUGUAAUAGAUAUAUGAAUUUUUAAGGAUAGGCCCAUCUUUUUAAUGUCAUGCUUUUGACCUGUUAUAUUAUUUUAAAGCAGAUUUCUCUUGAUGUAUAAUGUGUAAUGUUAUACAUUUGUACAAAUUUUAAAAUGUUUAUUAUUGCUUUAAAUAUGUGGAACCGUAGUUUUAGUAAUUCUUAACAUAGGAGUAAUAACAGUUCGGACUAUCUGUUUGAUAGUUCCAUGGAUGAUUGAAAAAAUGUCAGUUUUCUGGAAUGUUGGGUUGUGGUGGGGACUGGUGGCCAAAUGGUUACCCGAAAACAGUCCAUUUAGAGCAAUAUUCCUUCUUAUUCAAAUACAGUACAUGUAUAUUUAAAAAAAAAAAAAAAUGACAGCAUGUUUGCUUAGUCUUCUUUGUAGGAGUAUUUGCUGAAUGUUGCACAUAUAUGAAAAAUGUUAAUUAGAACUGUAUUACAAUUCAGCAGACUACCAUCAGAAUCUAGGACCAAAGUCUCAUGGUUUACCAGGAAAAACGGCUACAUGUUAAACAUGCUUAUAUUUUUUAAUAUGUUUGACUAUUGGUCUUUAAUUUCAAAUAAAUUCAUACCUACUGAUCCAGUGUUAAAACUACACAUUACCCGAACAGUAAUUCAAUAUAUAUAUUUUUAGAUGACCUCAAAUAGGACGUUCUGUUUUCAUAUUUAGCAUGAUGCUAUUUUUCCUGGAUGUGUUUAACAGUGUGUGUGGUUGGGCUAAUUAUAUUAUUGGUUUUGUGGAGUCAUAACUGUGACCCCUUUCAACAAAUGUUAUUUUUAAGUUCACAUAUUAAUAAUUUACUGAAAUUGUUUAGUUUUUUUCAGAAUAAGACAUUGGUGCCUAUCUCAAAGUUGUCUUUGGCCCCCUCCCUUGCCUAACCACACACAUGAAACCAUAUGUAAUCAUCACAUUUAUAAAAACAAUUGUUUAAUAAAAUGUAUUAAUAUG